UGCCUUAGAGACGUGUUAAAAUACUGAUUAUUACCUCAGUUUCUUCCUGGCCAUUCAUUAUUCUGUAACUACUCUCUUUACAACUACAACCAAAUUACCUGUAUCUUCAAUCAGCAAUGGCUACUAGUCUCAAAGCCAUAAACUCCAUUACAUCUCCCAUUCAUAGUACAACAAGAAUUACCAAGUCAACAUUUUCAACAAACCCCACGUGGUUGUUUCAAUCCAAAACCAAAAAUGUUGGACUAUUUCUAGCCAAAUGUAGUGCAAAACCAAACACAAAUCAAGAAAAUGUAUCAAGUGAAGACAUGUUAAAUGACACCAUUUCAAGAAUCCAACCACAAGUCAAUUCAAAUCAAGAUUUGCCACCUUCGUUUUCGAGGGGUUUAGCGUAUGAUUUAGGCCAAAAAGAUUCUUGGGACAGUUAUGAAAUUGGUUCACCAGUUGUGAAAAGGUACCUUAGUGAUGAGGAAGAGAGGUGGUACAUGUGGUACCAUGGGAGGGGUGGUGAUGGUGGGGUUAAGGAGUCAAUUGGUUUGGCUGUUUCGAGUAACGGUGUUCAUUGGGAAAGAGGUGAAAUAGUUAUGAGUUGUGGUGAUGAUUGGUGGGGAUUUGAUACACGAAGUAUUAGGCCAUGUGAGGUAGUGAUAAUGUCAAGUGCUAAAGUGAGAGCAAAUAGUUCUGUUUAUUGGCUUUACUACACUGGUUUUGGUUCUGAAAAGAUUGAGUUUUUAGAUGAUUCAGAUAGAUUGCGAUUUGAGAGUGGAAAUGACAAAGCGUUGAAGUCGUUGCCUGGAUUAGCAAUGAGUCAAGAUGGUAGGCAUUGGGCAAGAAUUGAAGGUGAGCAUCAUUCUGGUGCAUUAUUUGAUGUUGGUUUAGAUAGUGAAUGGGAUUCUUUGUUUAUAGCUUCACCAAAAGUAGUUUUUCAUAGCAGUGGUGAUUUAAGAAUGUAUUAUCAUUCGUAUGAUGUCGAAAAGGGGUGUUUUGCAAUUGGGAUAGCAAGGUCAAGGGAUGGAAUGAAAUGGUUAAAGUUAGGGAAGAUUGUAGGGGGAGGAGGAAUUGGUUCUUUUGAUGAACUAGGGGUGUUGAAUCCACACGUUGUGAGGAAUCGAAAAGAUGGGAAGUAUUUAAUGGUUUAUGAAGGUGUGGAUGCUAGUGGGAGUAGAAGUAUUGGGAUGGCGAUAUCAUCGGAUGGAUUAAAGGGAUGGCGAAGAGUUCAAGAAACUCCAGUGUUGAAGAAAAGUGAAGAAGAGAGGUGGGAUAGUGAAGAGGUGGGAUCACCGUAUCUUGUUCAAAUGGAUGGAGGUCAUCAAGAUCAUGAAUGGAGAUUGUAUUAUAGAGGAAUUGGAAAAAAUGGAAGAACUGGGAUUGGUAUGGCAGUGUCUCAAGGAAAUGAAUUCCAGAGUUUUCAAAGGUGGACAGGUUUUCAUUUGUGAGGCAUGUAAGCAUUACAAUGUGAGUCAAUUUUUUUUUUGUUUUGGGUACUGAAUUCACUUACAUACUGAUAAAAUCUUGUAACCGUCACAUGCCUUGUUUUGUAGUUUCCCUCAUUUCUUUUAAACGAACGAUAGUGUUCAGGCUAGCUUGUGUAUCUCGAUUAUUUCAAUAGACACCUGCUACUUCCUUCCAAUA